GGAGGGACUAAGACGGAGAGGAAAAGAGGGAAACGUGGAUGCAAUUAAGAGACUUGGGAUGCACCCCACGUCUUUUUUCUGUACUUGAAACCACGCGUAGGGUUUCAACCUCCGUACAGUGACGGACACCGUCCCAGACCAAUGAGAAUGUGUGGAUUUGUGGGGUUUUCUCGGGUCAGACUUUAAUGGUACCAAUGUGACACCACUAGAGGCCGACCCGGGCUGUGGAGGCGUGCCCUGCUGCUGCUGGAAGUCAACUCCAGCCUGGAAUAACUGUAACUUCUCCAACCAGAGGAAAAACUAGCUUCAGCCCCACCCCCAACACCCCCCCACCCCACAACAAAACCAGCCAACUUCUCCACUUUCUUCUGCUGUGCUUCAUCAUGCUUAAAGGACAUGUUGGCCGUGUGCUCCUCUCUCUGCUGUGCGUCGCAUUGUGCGCCCAGUCUGAGCUGGAGACAGAGACAGAGACAGAGACAGAGGAGGUGGUUCCCAGGCUGCUGUCCGGCCAGGAGACGCACCUGUCCUCCGAACUCACCGACCACACGCUGCGGCGCCGCCGGGGUCAGCGCUCCGUGGACACCGCCGCGGGGGGAGGACACUCUGACCCGGGGAACUUAAUUCUGUCGCUGCCCGCUUUUGGAAGGAGCCUGUAUUUAAACCUGACGUGGGACAGCAGGUUUCUGUCGGGGGGUUUCGUGGUGGAGGAGAGGAACAGGAACCAGAGCGCAGCGGUGAGCCGCUUAUCCACCGAGCAGCUCUGCUUCUACUCCGGCUCCAUCACCAACCACUCGGACUCUCUGGCAUCACUGAGCACCUGUGGCGGCCUGACUGGGCUCAUCCAGAUCGGGGAAGACAUCCUAUUCAUUCAGCCUGUGGGUGAAAAUGGCCCCGCGCAGUCGUUCUCCGGACUGAAACACAGGCUGCUGCGACGCCGACGCUCUGCCGGGACCAGCUCUGCUCCAGGAGCAGACCAGCCCACCUACUGUGGGACUGUACAAGGGAAGAAGAAAGAGAAGAUGUCAAAAGUGGGCGAGGAGGGUCGCGGGAAGAGAAAUGCCAUUCGCCUGCACGAGGCAUACACCGUGGAGACAGUGGUGGUGGCGGACUCCGACAUGGUGCAGUACCACGGUGCCGAGGCGGCAAAGAGGUUCCUGCUGACAGUCAUGAACAUGGUCUACAACAUGUUCCGCCACCAGAGUCUGGGAGUCAGGAUCAACAUUCGUGUCACCAAGCUGGUGUUGCUUCACAGCCGCCCAGAAAAGCUAAAGGUGGGACAGCAUGGAGAAAGGUCUCUGGAGAGCUUCUGUCAUUGGCAGUAUCGAGAGUUUGGGGGGCUGCGCUACCUCGGCAGCAACCACGUUGCUGGUGGAAGGGAUGACAUUCCACCAGUGGACACUGCUGUGCUGGUCACCAGGACCGAUUUCUGCGUUCAUAAAGACGAACCCUGUGACACCGUGGGUAUUGCUUAUCUGGGGGGUGUCUGCAGUGCCAGGAAGAAGUGUGUGUUAGCAGAGGACAAUGGACUCAAUUUGGCCUUCACCAUUGCUCACGAGCUGGGACACAACAUGGGUAUGAGCCAUGAUGACGACCACAACACCUGCACCGGUCACUCCCACAUCAUGUCCGGUGAAUGGGUGAAAGGAAGAAACCCCAGUGACCUGUCCUGGUCCACCUGCAGCCGUGAUGACCUCGAGAACUUCCUCAGGUCCAAAGCCAGUGGCUGCCUGCUACACACGGACCCCAGGAGCCGUUACCGGGUCUGGCUUCCUCCCAAGCUUCCAGGCAUGCACUACAGUGUGGAUGAACAGUGCCAGAUCCUGUUUGGAGCCAAUGCCACUUUCUGCAAUGACAUGGAGCACCUGAUGUGCGCUGGCCUGUGGUGUUUAGUAGAGGGAGAUGCAUCCUGCAAGACCAAACUGGAUCCUCCUCUGGAUGGAACCGAGUGUGGAGCAGACAAGUGGUGCAGGGCGGGCGAUUGUGUCAGUAAGACUCCCAUCCCUCAGCAUGUGGACGGUGACUGGAGUCCAUGGAGCCAGUGGAGCAUGUGCAGCAGAACCUGUAGUACUGGAGUCCAGUUCAGACAGAGGAAAUGUGACCACCCACCGCCUGGUCCUGGUGGGCGAAACUGUCAGAAGGCCAGUGUGGAGCACAAGGCCUGUGAACUUCCUCCCUGUCCCAAGGGGACACCCAGCUUCAGAGACCUGCAGUGUCUGUCCUACGACCAACACGCCAGCAAGAAGGGCAGCAUGCUGAUCGCUAUUAUUAAUGAUGAGAAGCCAUGCAUGUUGUUCUGCAGCCCAGUGGGUCGAGAUGUCCCGGUCCUGAUGGCUGACAGAGUGAUGGAUGGAACGCCCUGUGGACCAUACGAGGCCGACCUGUGUGUUAACGGAAGUUGUCAGAAAAUUGGCUGUGACGGCAUCAUCGGCUCUACAGCCAAAGAGGACCGCUGUGGUGUUUGUAAUGGAGAUGGGCGCUCCUGUAAGAUAGUGAGAGGAGACUUCAACCACACCAAAGGAAUGGGCUACAUCGAAGCUGUGGUUAUCCCUGCAGGAGCCAGGAGGAUCAAAGUCGUGGAGGACAAACCCUCACAUAGCUUUCUGGCUCUGAGAGACUCCAGUAAGAAGUCCAUCAACAGUGACUGGAAGAUCGAGCUUCCGGGAGAGUUUGACCUGGCCGGAACCACAGUGCGCUAUGUCAGAAGGGGACUGUGGGAGAAGAUGUCCGCCAGAGGACCCACUAAGACACCCCUACACCUGAUGGUGCUGCUCUUUCAUGACCAGAGCUACGGGAUCCACUAUGAGUACACAGUUUCUCUGAACACAACUCAGGACAGGAGCAGUAAGGAGCAGAGGGAACCACAGUAUCUCUACAUCUGGACACACAGCAGCUGGCAGGACUGUACUGUCCAAUGUGGAGGAGGUGAGAGGAGGACAGUGGUUUCCUGUAUGAGGAUAGCCAAUAAAACCAUGGAGGUAAUAAACAACAGCUACUGUCAACCUGAGAACAGACCACAGCCCCAAGUAAAACCCUGCAACUCUCACCACUGCCAGUACCGGUGGGUGGCAGGAGAGUGGGGAUCCUGCUCCAGCACAUGUGGUAAAGGUUUUCAACAGAGAGAGGUGGUUUGUAUUUACCAUCUAGAGAAUGGCUCACUCAUCUACACCAGGGACCUGUAUUGCCAAGGAGGAAAACCUCCUGUUCUUCAGGGCUGUGAGGGCCGCCUCUGCCUCACUGUUUGGGAGGCUUCAGAGUGGUCCGAGUGUUCAUCAGACUGUGGUAAAGGUGUUCGCAAACGGACGGUGUCGUGUACAAACCCUCGGGGCCUAUGUGAUCCUCUGUCCCAGCCCACUCAAGAGGAGCCCUGUGAGGACCAUUCCAAAUGUUAUGAAUGGAAGACUGGAGACUGGUCCAAGUGUUCGUCAUCCUGCGGGAAGGGCCUGCAGUCGCGAGUGGUCCAGUGUAUGCACAAAGUGACUGGUCGUCAUGGUAACGACUGCCUGGUGACGCUGAGACCACCGACCUACCGAUCCUGUCACCAUGAUACCUGCAAUGAGAAAACCAAUGUGAACACCAUCACCUCCCCCCGGCUAGCUGCUCUGACCUACAAAUGCAUGGGGGACCAGUGGACGGUGUACUGCCGUGUGAUCCGAGAGAAGAACCUUUGUAACGACAUGAGGUGGUACCAGCGCUGCUGUGAAACCUGCAGGGACUUUUAUGCCAAGAAAAUACUGCACAAGAGCUAAUGACCAAAUGACCACCUACUUUUUCUUCACAUAACACCCCCUUUUGGUAAAUGUGUUAAUAUUGUUGAAAUGUAGAGAAAAAAAGAAAGAAGGAAAACAAUUUAUAUUAUUGAUGGAACUUUUUGUAUUUAAAAAAAGAGUACAGGUAAAUGUACAUUUUAAAUGGGCUCAUACGCUUUCUAGAUUCGAUGAAGACUAUACACCAACGAAAAAGAGUCUUUAAUAGGCCAAUCCAGAUGGCAUAAUUGCACAGAAUGAUUAAAAAUAAGUGCUUGAUUUUGAAGUAGACUGUGACAGGUCUAUCAGAUGAGAUUAUGAGUUAGCCAGAGCCUCUCUUAAUUGUGCUCUCCUCUGUAACAUUUACUCUGUUGUACUGUAUUAUAGCGAAUUGGUGCAAUUUCAAAUAACUAAUUAUACUCAAGUAUUAAUGAAGUAUACUGUACUGUGUAAGUAUUGAUCCGGAGACAUGGUAUAAAAUGCUGUUGGAUUACAGUGAAUCGACCUAGCUAAUAGUAGGAGACUCACUGAUCCACAGGUCUGUUUGGAGGGCUAUGGAUAGCUCAUGUAGUAAAACAUGGUGCAAGCAUAAACACACAGCCUAUAGGGAUGAUGUUUUUCAAACGUUUCUAGAAUAAAGCAAUGUUAUUGCUAUCAAUGGCAUUGCCCUGUAAUAAUUAUCUUUAAAUGUAGGGAUGCACCGAUACCACUGUUUUCAGACCGAGUACGAGUACUUACAUUUGGGUACUCGCCGAUACCGAGUACCAAUACGAGUACUUCUCUGUGCCAAAAGAC